AUGGAGUCGAUCUCACCCGUAUUCUCGUCGGGCACGGAGCAGCGGUACUCUCCACCAUGGGAGGACUUGAGUAUCAUCGGUAUCGCUGGUAGCUCGGGCUCCGGCAAGACUUCUGUGGCAAUGGAAAUCGUGAAGUCACUCAACCUGCCGUGGGUUGUGAUUCUCGUAAUGGACUCAUUCUACAAGAGCUUGACACCAGAGCAACACGCCAAAGCGCACAAUAACGAAUUUGACUUCGACUGCCCAGAUGCCUACGAUUUUGAUGCCCUUGUGCAGACCUUGAAGGAUCUAAAGCAAGGAAAGAAGGCAGAUAUCCCCGUUUACUCAUUUGCCGACCAUCAGCGCCAACCACAAACAACUACGCUUUACUCCCCCCAUGUGAUAAUUCUGGAGGUCAUGCGAGACGUUAAAGAGCGAGGAAGAGAUAUUGAAGGCAUCAUCAAGCAGUGGUUUACUUUUGUUAAGCCGUCAUAUACGAGGUUCGUUGAACCACAACGGUCUAUAUCGGACAUGGUUGUGAAACACAUUCAACGGAAACUUGAUGAGAAGUCCGAGAAACACAGAGCCGAGCUAGACCAACUACGCAAAAUUGCAUCGGAACUGCAGCUCUCGCCUAACGUCAUGGUAAUGCCUUCGACAUCUCAGUUUGUUGGCAUGAACACGAUCCUUCAAGACCCAAAAACGGAGCAAGUCGACUUCGUCUUCUACUUUGAUCGGCUCGCUUCCUUGCUCAUAGAGAAGGCCUUGGACUGUACCUCGUAUGUUCCAGCUGGAGUAGAAACACCACAGAAGACUACCUACCAGGGCUUGAAUCCGGAAGGUAUAAUAUCUGCUGUUGCAAUUUUGCGAGGAGGCUCUUGCCUCGAGACCGCCCUGAAGCGCACUAUUCCCGACUGCAUUACUGGUCGCGUGCUCAUUCAGACCAAUGCGCAGAAUGAAGUACCAGAGUUACACUAUUUGAAAUUACCGGAAAACAUACAGAAGCAUACCACAGUUAUGCUACUUGACCCCCAGAUGUCCACCGGAGGAGCUGCCUUGAUGGCUGUUCGGGUGUUGGUUGACCAUGGCGUGGAGGAGCAUAAGAUUGUCUUUGUGACAUCCGAUCCUCGUUUCGCCAAUAUUCAAACAGAUCCUCGUUACCGUCUACCUAGCAAACGGCAGACACAUGUGAAACUCGACAAGCGUUUCGCGCACAUGCUGCACGACAAAGACUUUUCUCGGAAUGCUGCAGUCGACCGAUACGGACGGAAGCUCGCCCGCGAUGAUACGAAGAAGCAGCUGGAGAGAUUCUACCGACUUGAGGGGGACGAGGAAGACGAGGAAGACGAGGAACACAUGAGUGUGGCUGACGACGAUGAGGUCCUCAAAGAACUUAAGAAGGCGGAUAAGGCUAGUGGCACUUACGAUCCCGCGCGUGAUGGAGGCUUUUCGUCUUCGUCCUCGGAAGAGGAGAGCUCCGACGAAGAGGAGGAUGAGGAUGAUGAAUUUGGCGCGGGCGAGGAGCUUGAGUUUCCGGAUAAACAACAGAGCGGCGUCCCCACAGGUGAUGUAACAGAACGGAUUGCGGUGGUGAAUCUGGACUGGGAUAAUAUACGGGCAGAGGAUUUGAUGGCCGUAUUCUCUAGUUUUGUUCCUGCUGGUGGACGGGUACUGAAGGUUUCUGUCUAUCCGAGUGAAUUUGGAAAAGAGCGCAUGGAAAGAGAGGAGACGGAGGGCCCUCCUAGAGAGAUAUUUGCUGCGAAAGACGAUGAUGAGUUUGAAGGUUUCGAAGACGACGACUCAGAUGUUGACUCAGAUGAGGAAGAGGAGGAGAUUAAAAAGUCAAUGCUGAAGGAAGACAAGGGCGAGGAGUUCAACUCUACGGAACUACGAAAGUAUCAAUUGGAGCGACUACGCUACUACUAUGCUAUCUUGACUUUCUCGAGCAAGGAUGUGGCGAAGCACGUCUACGAUUUGGUCGAUGGUGCUGAGUAUCUGUCGAGCGCAAACUUCUUUGACCUUCGUUUCGUCCCCGACGACACCGACUUUUCCGAUGAUAAGCCUCGUGACGAAUGCAAACGGAUUCCAGAUGGUUAUCAGCCUAAUGAAUUCGUGACCGAUGCGCUGCAGCAUAGCAAAGUUAAGUUGACCUGGGACAUGGAAGAUAAAUCACGAAAGGAAGCUCAAGCACGGGCGUUCCGAGGUAGCCGAAAAGAAAUUGAUGAAAAUGACUUGAAGGCUUACCUCGCCAGCGAUAGCUCCUCUGAGGACGAGGACGAGGACGGCGGAGUGGAAGUUGUGGAUACUACAAAUGAUGGCGGCGGAAGUUCUAAGAAAAUCUCUAAGAAAGAAGAUGAGAGACAGCGUAUGCGCGCUCUCUUAGGGCUGGGUACGGAGCCAGCACCUUCCUCUAAGUCCGACGGCCCUGUUGGCGAAAUGGAAGUCACGUUUACCUCGGGUCUGGCCGGCGGCUCCAACAAAGACAGCAUUUUUGAGAAUGAGCCCGAGAAAGACGAGACUACGAUUGAGAAGUACAUUCGCAAGGAGCGUGAGAGGAAGAAGCGGAGAAAGGAGAAGUUGAAGGCGUCCAAGAAGGGCGACACUGAGGCCGAUGAACAGGAUGAUGCACCUGAACCAGAAGAGAAGCCCCAGGAGGAAGAUCUGGGCUUCAACGAUCCAUUCUUUGACGACCCCUCUGGUAAGGAAUCCGCUGCAGCUCGCCGCAAAGAGGAGAAACGGAAGAAGCGGGAGGAGCGUGCUGCAGAGGAAGCUGCAGCCGCCGCUAAGCGAGCCGAGCUCGAGCUGUUGAUGAUGGAUGAUGAAAACAAGAAUAUCAAGCACUUCGACAUGAAUGAGAUCGAAAAGGCAGAGAAACAAGCCCGCAAAAAGGGCAAGGGCAAAGGAAAAGGCAAGCAGGCGGCACAAGUGGUGGACGACUUCCAAAUGGAUGUCAGCGACCCGCGUUUCGCUCGUUUGUUCGAGAGCCACGAGUUUGCUAUUGAUCCUACCAAUCCUCGCUUCAAGGCGACAUCUGGUAUGAAGCAAUUGCUGGAAGAAGGACGUAAGCGACGUAGGAACCGGGACGACCGUGCGGACGAGGAAGAGGUCAGCCGCAACGAUCAGAAGAAGACGAAGAAGCAGAAGAAGAGCGAAUCCACUGAAGGUGGAUCAGAGGAUCUGAAAAAGUUGGUGGACAAAGUGAAGCGGAAGACACAGAAGAGUUGA